AUGUCGGAGAAAAAGGCCCAUAUUAAGCGUCUCUGGAUUCAGCGACUUCGACAUGUGAGAGCAAAUUUGGUUGUAAAAGACCACACACGAGUUUGCAGUGUUCAUUUUGAGGGAACAUUUACUGAGGAAUCGAUUCUCACAAUUUUUCCAAGUAAACCCAAAAAGGAAACAAAAUCCCGAAGACCUCUUGUAAGAAAAAUUGAAAAUUCAUUUCAAAAUGAUGGUUCAGGGCAAAGUGAUACUGAAAAUCCACAAGAUAAUCCUGUGUCAAUGUACAAUGAUGUUGCAAUACAAACUGACCUCAAAUAUUUUUAUUCAAAAGAUGCGUACACAAAUACAGAAGAGCAUUGUGUACAUGUUUCAACUGCAACCCAGACGACUGGCAGCCCUUUGUCUACUGUUAAUGCUGAAGUUCAGGCAGAUUUGCCUAGGAUGACAUAUGAAGAUAUGAAAGAUGACGAUUCUAAAACAAGAUUUUAUACAGGUUUUGCAACUUUUCAAAUUUUUUGGAUGUUUUUUGCAGUGCUGAGGCAGAAACAUGGUGCAGAGAAACUCAAUUACUGGGAGGGAGAGACAAGGUCCAUGGGUGAGAAGUCGUAUCAUGAACCAGGGGUUAAAAAGCCUGGCAGAAAACGUUCCUUGAGACCAGUGGAUGAAUUCUUGAUGGUUUGCAUGAGACUUCGUUUAGGGCUGCUUCAGGAACACCUUGCUGAUAUUUUCAGGGUGUCCGAAACGACAGUAUCACGAGUAAUGAACACUUGGAUUAACUUCCUCUAUGAUCACUGCAAAUCCUUAAUAAAGUGGGUCUCCAGAGAGCAGAUUUUGUGUAACUUACCAAAGCUUUUUAGCAUGCACGCAGAUACUAGAAUUGUGCUUGAUUGCACAGAAUUUUUUAUUGAAAAACCGUCCUCUUUAAAGGCACAGUGGAUGACGUGGUCCGAAUACAAACAUUCAAACACUUUUAAAAUAUUGAUUGGUGUGUCACCAAGUGGUAUGGUAACCUUUGUGUCAAGACUGUGGGGUGGGAAUGUGUCAGACAGACACAUUACUCAGCACGAUGGAUUUCUUCCAAAACUGUCACCAGGUGAUGUUGUAAUGGCAGAUAAAGGUUUCACAAUAGAAGAUUUGUUACCAGCUGAUGUUGGAUUGAAUGUUCCACCACGAGUAUCAAGUACAUGCCAGAUGUCAAAACAUGAUUUCUUUAAAACAAAUAGAAUAGCUUCAGCCAGAAUAGUAGUUGAAAUGAAGAUGGAACAGAUCAAAAACUACAAUAUUGUGAACUCAGUUUUACCAAUUUCAGAAGUGCACUUAUCAGAACAAAUCAUAGUUAUCUGUACAUCUUUAACUAACUUAUUGCCUCCACUUCUGAAGUGA